ACUUUGCUUUUAGAUUUGUCGUAUAACAAAACCCUAAAAAUAACAUUGAAAAAGCGUAAAAAGACCCUAAUAAUAGGAAGUCCAAUGGCAAUGAAUUUCAAAGUGACUUUAAUCGGAAGAGCUUUUUUCUUCCUCAGCCAGCUAGCCUCUCGAUCUUUUCAUGACUCUGGUGUUGUAAUUAAUCACCCGAAAAUAUCUCUUCUUUUAUCGUGACAAAAGCAAUAGUUAAUUUGUAUUGAGAAGAUGAAGUUUGGAGAGACGUUCACGGAAUAUCUACAUGGAGAAGAGGAGUGGUUCCUAGAAAAAUAUCGUUAUGUUGAAUAUAAGAAACUCAAGAAAGUACUAAAGAAAUGCAAGACAUGUAACUCCACAAGAUCUGAUGAUGAACACAUCAUCUCAUCGGCUACCUCUUUGUCUGAUUCAUGCCAAUACCAAUCUUGUCCUUGGUGUGAUCAGAUGUUCUUUGAGGAACUGAUGAAGGAAGCUUACGACAUAGCAGGAUGCUUCAAGUCAAGAGUCAGGCAUCUUCUCCAUCUUCAUGUAGCCACUGGGAUGCAAAGAUACAUGAUGCGUCUACGCCGAUGCUUCACGGACGAAAAACAAGCUUUAAUCCAUGAGGGUCAUAUCUUGAUUCAAUACAUAACAAUGAAUGCUAUCGCCAUCCGUAAAAUCCUAAAGAAAUAUGACAAGGUGCAUGGCUCAGAGAAUGGGAAGAAUUUUAAGUUGAAAAUGCGAGCAGAGCGCAUAGAGCUCUUGCACUCACCCUGGCUUAUAGAACUUGGAGCCUUUUAUCUCAACUCUGGUCUUGACAAAGUUGGAAACUUCAAGAACUCUUUUGGCCGCGUCUCAUGUGAAAAUAUAAACGAAGAUCAACCAGUGAUGAAACUCAUGCUGCCUAACUCAAUAGAGCUUGAGUUUGAUCUAGUUUGCGCAAUAUGUCUGGAAACGGUUUUCAAUCCCUAUGCUUUGAAGUGCGGUCACAUAUUUUGUAAAGCGUGUGCAUGCUCGUCUGCUUCUGUAAUGAUUUUCCAAGGCGUUAAGGCAGCACCACAAUGUUCCAAAUGUCCUAUAUGCAGAGAGGUUGGAGUUUAUGCGGAAGCGGUUCACAUGAUCGAGCUCCACCUUCUGUUAAAGAUACGAAGCAAAGAGUAUUGGAAGGAGAGGAUGAUGGGGGAACGGUCUGAGAUGGUGAAGCAGUCGAAGAUGUUUUGGAACGAGCAGACGAUGCAAAUGAUUGGUUUCUAGUUGUUUACUUCCACAAUAAUCAUAACAUAUUCAAAAGUUAAUUAUAAAAAAUGGUGAUGAGAAAAAGAGCUAAGAAAAUUAUUCUUCUAAAGACGUUAAUUAUAGUUUGAAGUUUUUUUUUUCCUUUGAUAAGAUUUAAAUGAAGUUGUAUUUGAUUUU